AUGACAAUAGCAGAGAUGAGUCAAAAAGACUUGGAAGAUCAAACAAAAGAGAAAAGUAAUUGUGCUAUAGAGGAGGUUGAUGGUGGCUACGGUUGGGUCGUUGUGUUUUCUGCUUUCUUGCUUUUGUUUUCUACAUGGGGUGUCAAUUCAGCUUUUGCUAUUUAUUUCACCCGAUAUCUUGAUAAGAACACUUUUGCAGGAGCAACGAGAACGGACUAUGCAUUUAUUGGAGGAAUCUCUUUCGGCGUCGGCUUGUUUAGCGGACCAUUAGUCAAUCUUAUCCACGGAUUAAUUGGGACUCGCUUCACAAUACUCUUGGGUAACUGUCUCCAGUUCACCGCAAUAAUGUUAGCAAGUUAUGCAACAAAGUUAUGGCACCUAUAUCUCACUCAGGGCUUAUUACAAUCUUACGGAUUAGCGCUUAUUAGCCUACCUGCUUUGACUUUAGUUAGUCCCUGGUUUAGUAAGCGAAGGGUGCUAGCAAAUGGCCUCUCGGUGAUGGGAAGUGGCGCAGGAGGAGUGACUUUCAUUAUGGGUAUGUAUAAAGUUAUGGAAAUCAGGAGUGUUCACUGGGCAUUACGAGCUCAAGCAAUUAUUAGUGCGAGCUUGGUAACAAUCGCAGUCAUGUGUGUUCGUACCCGAUCGAAGCACAGUAAAAUUAUUUUCACUCCUUUUGACCUUGAAACAAUAAAAUGUGCUGGCUUUUGGUUACUUUGUUUCUAUAAUAUUACAUGUGUUCUUGGAUACGUUAUCGUUUUAUACAGCAUGUCAAAUUACGCCCGGUCACUAGGAUACUCUGAAUAUCAAGGUGCCAUAGUUUCAACUAUGGUUCAGGUUGGGUUUUGCUACGGAAGACCUCUCAUAGGUUACAUUUCAGAUAAGCUUGGGCCAACCACAGUAUGCUCGUUCUCAUAUUACAUGGCUUCCAUCUUCACUUUUGCCAUGUGGAUUCCGGCAAGAAACUAUGCCACCAUAAUCAUGCUCGCAUUAAUAGAAGGAACUUUCAUUGGAGCCGUUUUUCCAACGACGGCUCCAAUUAUUGUACGCCUAGUGGGAAUUCGCAAAUUGAACGUUGCUUUUUGCAUGCUGUGGAUGUUUUUCGGAGCAGCUUCAAUUUUUGGAGAGCCUAUUGCUGCUGCCUUAACUAAUUCCCCAAAAAGUCAAUUUGACCAUAAACUAUAUCGUAAUACUACGAUAUUUGCAGGAUGUUGCUUCUUUGCCUGUGCCACUGCACUUCUAUUACUUCGGGGAUAUAUUAUUGCAAGAGACAAGCUAUUAUAUUUAGCAAAUAUUGACCUGACAAGCAAUGACGUGCUGUCUGUUCGUGUACCCUUUAUAGAUGCAUUUAUGUAUACACUAUCGUGGCCAGAGAAAAGGGCGUGA